AUGGACGGCAAGUAUGAGGACUAUGGCUAUGACAGCCGGCCAGCGCAAAGUAGUGGGCGACCUGCACGAUACGACGAUGCAGAUGUCUUUGGGCACGAGGAGGGUCAUGAUAUCAAAUACAAGACAUUAUCAUGGCAACUUGUCGCCAUCCUCAUGAUCGCGGAGAUCGUUAGCAACGGCAUGCUGUCGCUUCCCUCCUCACUGGCCGUAGUUGGAAUCGUGCCUGGCCUCAUAAUCAUUGUCUUCCUCGGCGUCUUCGCAACGUACACUAGCUGGCUUCUCGUCCGGUUCAAGCUCCGCCACCCUGAAGUCCACAAUAUGGGCGAUGCCGGCUACAUUCUCAUGGGACCUUUCGGUCGCGAGCUUCUCGCCUUCGGCACCGUCGUGUUCGCCGUCUUCGCUACUGGAGGUCAGCUGCUCGCUGGUCAGAUUGCGCUUGCGAGCUUGAGCGAUAACAGGCUGUGCCUAAUGCUGUAUACUGGUAUCUUCGCUGUUCCAACGCUCAUAUGCUCGUUCCCACGCACUUUGGAUGGCCUCGGCUGGAUCAGCAUACCCUCCGUCCUCUCCAUCGCCAUCGCUGGCAUCGUCGGGAUGGUCGGUGCAGGUCUCCAUCCAGCUCCAGACCGAGUAGUCAGCGUGACUGUGCCAUCAACCUUCUUCGAAGCCUUCAUUUCCAUCACAAACCCUGUUUUUGCUUACGCAGGUCACUUCAUGUUCUUCAUCAUGGUCUCCGAGAUGAAGAAACCGCAAGACGCAAUGAAGGCGGCUUAUACUCUCCAGGGCUUCGCUACAACGUUCUACGCUGUAUUCGCCGCUAUCGUUUACGUCUAUAUCGGCAACAGUGUGCUAAGUCCCGCUUUCAGCAGCUUGGAGAUCAAGUGGCAGAAGGCUGCGUAUGGCAUAGCGAUACCGAACUUCCUCAUCGCCGGAGCACUAUACGCUCACACGGCCAGCAAGCUCCUGUUCGUCCGCAUCUUCCGCAAGUCAAGGCAUUUGCACAGUCACACAAUUCUAGGAUGGAGUACAUGGGCGCUCUUAGUGCUACUCAUGAAUGCCGCUGCUUUCGUUCUGGCAGUUGGUGUGCCGAUCUUCAACUACUUAAUCGGCAUCGCCGCCUCGCUGUUUGCGGCGUGGUUCACGUACGGUAUUGCCGGCUUCUUCUGGCUCCACGAUUCGUACCAUGACGGAGAUGGCUUCUACACUUGGGCUCGGAAGUGGUUUCAGACGACGUUGGCUGUGCUGACAAUAUUUGUGGGCGCUUUUAUCUGCGUGGCAGGAUUGUAUGUGACGAUCAAAGCGAUUGUGGAGGCGUACCAAAGCGGUGUGGUGGCAAGUCCAUUUGCUUGCUAG